AUGCGCUACUUCCGCCUUGAGCACCAGUGCAUUAAGGGACUUGUAGUUCACUUUGCUGUGCCCUCACCUCACUUUCGGCAAAUCCCGCGGUGUAAACACAACUCCAGGAACAUGAAAAGAUCGGGUGACAGUGAGAGGGAGAAGAGAAGAAAGAAGAGAAGGUUACUACAGGAGUUGGGAGACCAAAAGAUCCCUUAUCGAGGACCUUCUGAUCAGGGAUUUCAGCAACUGUGGGACACCAGUUAUUCUGGCCUGGUUCUGAGGAGAGCCUGCUCGUUGCCUGCAGAGCUCCACUGUAGAGUUCAGGCCGCUCUACUCACCCUGCGUAAAAAGGGCUGCCUCUUGAGGGAUCUAGUCCGUGUCCGGGACCGGGACGUCUUCACUUCCGUGUCGCGGGCUCUGCUGGGUGAGCCCGGCCACACCUACCGGUACCUGGACACAAGGCUCUUUGCCAUCCCCUGGCACAGCGAAGACUCUGAGGUUAAAGAGCAAAGUUGUUGUGAGCCAGGUCUGAGGGCAGCCUGCAAAGCCUUGUGGGAGCUCAACACCUUCUUCUCUUUCGAUGUGUCUCAGCUGAGAGAAGGAGACAGACUAACGCAAACUUCGAAAGUGGUUCAGGGCGCGGAUACCAAGGGGAGCGAUGAGGCUGAUGUUGAAUCCAAACACAGCGAGGACUCACGAAACAGUGAGGGCGGGGACUCUGGGUCCAGGCAGAGUGAGGAAGGGGACACAGAGUCCAAGCACAGCGAGGAGUGGGAUGUGGAGUCUAAACACAGCGACGAAGGUUGUUCGGCAUUAAAAAGGGAAGGCGAGUGGGAGACGGCGUCCAAACACAGCAGUGACGGGGAAGAACCCUCACUGAGCAAAGCGACUGAUGCCGUGUUGGAACACAGUGAAGGAAAAUGUCCCACCUUGUCACUCAAAACUGCCAGUGUUACGCCAACAGCAGGCCAAGGGGAGCUACAAGCGGCCCAACUCGAGCACAGCAGCCUCUCAGAUUACCACAUUAAAGACAAAGGAGAACCAGGUGGCUGCUCUGAGCCCAGCCCAUUACAGGAAUUCACCAGAUCCGUAAAGUUCAAUGUCACCUUACUCAACUACAUGGACCCAGCAGCCAUGAGCCAACUCAAAGAGGAGCCCUAUUAUGGCAUGGGAAAAAUGGCCGUCGGGUGGCACCAUGACGAGAACCUGAUCAGUCAUUCGCCAGUGGCUGUUUAUAGCUAUAGCUGCCAUGAUGACAAAGGGGAGAGCAGCGAGGGCAGCGGGGAGAAAGAGAGCUGGAGGAUCGGGCUUAAGGUGGCCUGGGACAUCCACACACCUGGCCUGACGCUGCCCCUCCAGUCUGGAGACUGUUAUUAUAUGAGAGAUAACCUGAACAUCACCCACCAGCACUGCGUCCUCGCCGGAGAAGCUGCACGCUUCAGCUCUACCCACAGGGUAGCCGAGUGUUCCACUGGGACUCUGACCUACAUCCAGUCACGGUGCCAGGAGGCCCUGUCAAACCUGCACACGGACCCCGAGACCGGCUCCCACAGCCUGACGACCCUGAACCCAAACACAAUGCAGCAUUGUGAGGAGAUCCACAAUGAGGUGGAGUUUGAGUGGCUGCGACAGUACUGGUUUCAAGGCCAGCGCUAUACGCGCUUCUGCAGCUGGUGGAGCAAGCCUAUGGAGGAGCUGGAGAAGGAUUGGAAGCUCAUGGAGACCAUGACCAUGCUGUACUUGGCGAAAGUGGAGGAGGAAGGACAAGCUGGUGAUGGAAGGAGAGACAUGGCAGAAACACUCCUGUCAGCAUUGAUAGACAGACACCAGCAGAGACAGACAUGGAGAGACAGGUGCCACUCCAGCCUGGCCCAGACGUUGCCCCCCGAGGAGGCCCCUGUGGACCGUCCUUUCUGGGGUGUCGACAACCAUGGCAUGCCCCUGCCCUUUGAUCUGGCAGACAUCAUUAACAGAGUGGAGUCGCUGCUGUGGAGGUGA